ACGCAUGCGCAGGUCGACGCUUUGCCAAGGCAACUCAAAGCCGCUGCUGUAACCGUCCAGAUACCUUGUAACUUUACAACAAUAACAAUCUAGCUGGAAAACACAGACACAAUUCUCCCAAACACCUGCAGGAUUUUAACCAACAGAAAAAUGCCACUACAUUUCAAGGGCAUCAGUGAGUACAAGAAGACAUUUAAAGACCGAGUCGCUACCCGCUCCAGAAGCGCCUCUCCUCAGCGACGGAUGCGCUUAGCUGGACUUCGAUCUGACCAGAUGGGUAUCAGUAGAGAGCCUCAGUUUCUGUCCAAGAGGAAGGUGCCCUCCUCCCACACGCCCCAGGUGUCCAGCUCCUUCCAAUGGAACCCCACCACCACAGAGCCCCCACAGAGACGGGAUGAGACCCCCAGACCUGGUACCUCUCCCCUGGCUCCUACCCCAGAGAGAGUCCACACCCCUCUGGCCCCUAGGGGUCCCCCUCCUCCAGGGGACCCCCAACGAGGCCCGACCACUCUUCAGGGCCAGACUCACACCCGGAGCCCCCUGGCUACUGUAGGGAAACAGGACCAAGCUUUCAAUGGGGCCGACUAUGUGUUGAGGAGGAAGGCAGGGCUGAAGUCGUCUGGACAGAGGACCGGACUACAGAACUCGGAGUACAGGAAACAGUUUCCGUGGAAGACACCUGUAGCUGGCCACGCCUCCCCACUGCUGGCUGCAGAGCAGAUGCUGUACACCAGCCACCGUUCCAUCCCUCCUUUCAAGUCUAACCCGGUGGUGGUGUUGGAGAGCGAGUACAGCAGGAACUUUAAAGCCUCUCCACCUCCCAGAGGACCACGGCUACGCAGCGAUGUAGACCAGGUGCCUCUGUUUCAGAGAGAGAACGUUUCACCUUUCACAUCAAAGAGCAAGUGGAAGAAGAAGAGGGAAGAGAGAAAGUCCAGCAUCGCAGAGGAGAACAUUCCACUUCCACAGCCUCGGGAGCAGCUGGCGGACCAGGAAGUGAAGUCACAGAGCCCCCAGAAGGCACAUCUUCCCCACAGUAGGAGGGAGGUCAGUGUAGUUAUUACAGUGUCUACCACAGUAGGAGAGGAGGUCAGUGUAGUUAUUACAGUGUCUACCACAGUAGGAGAGGAGGUCAGUGUAGUUAUUACAGUGUCUACCACAGUAGGAGAGGAGGUCAGUGUAGUUAUUACAGUGUCUACCACAGUAGGAGAGGAGGUCAGUGUAGUUAUUACAGUGUCUACCACAGUAGGAGAGGAGGUCAGUGUAGUUAUUACAGUGUCUACCACAGUAGGAGAGGAGGGGCGUGACAGUCAGCAUAGUCACGUUUGGUAUCACGAGGUGCGAGAGCUUCGUAAGAAGGCGGAGGCCUACAGACAGAGGGCGUGGGGGACCCAUUUCUCCCGCCUCCACCUCAACCAGAUCCUGUCGGACCAGAACCAGCUGUGGGAGGCCUCCACCCCUUCCUCCUCUAACCUCAGCUCUGGGACAGGUUCUGGGGACGGGGAGGAAGACAGGAGUCCUACCUCCCAGGCUCUGGAGCUCGCUAGGGUUGACAGUAGCUCCAGCUCCGUAGUCGGACCCCCUCCCCUCACCCCCGUGUCCAGUAGAAGGAGCUCCACCCGGGGGGCUGGGGACACAGCAGACCCCCCUGGUCACCCUAACCCUGGAGCCCUUAACCUACCUGUUCAGAGGAGACUAGCCUGGGAGGAGGAGACAGGGGCUGGGGGUGGAACGGGGGAGGAGAGAGAGGAAGAGGAGGACAAGGAGAGAAAGGAUGAGAGAAAGGAGAGAAAGGAUGAACUGAGGGUGCUGGACCAUCGUUCGUUGUCUGUAGCAGGCUCCCACAGGUCCAGAGAGGGUGGCAGGAUGCCCACACCCACACUGCAAAGGAUCGCUACUGUUCAGAGAACUCACCACGACCUGACGACUCCAGCCACUGGAGGUGCUAUCCUGGUGUCUCCUCCUAAGAUGGAGGCUAACGGCUGGGCGAAGAGAAGUGAACCUCCGUUGGGUAAAACCCGUUCCCCAUUUAAACCCCUCUCUCUGGCCUCGCCACAACGAGCAGCCAGACAGAAUGAGGAGCGGAACCAGCCCCAGUCCUCUCCUGCAGCAGGGGUGACUACUGUGGACCCCCUCCCCCUGAGAGAGGACUCCUGGUCGGGGGAGACCUCUCCGGAGAACCCCCCUGAUCCUCCACCGGAGGCCAAACCCUCCCGUAAACGCACUACCAGCGGACAACCCAACGCCCGCAUCCAGGGGACGCUCAGAGACCCAGAGUUCCAACAUAACGGUAAUUUAGGCCUGAGGACGUCUGAGCUGCUGCUGUGUCCUGGUGGUGGCUGUGGAACUGAUGAUGAAGAUGACAGGAUGUCCCAGAUCUCAUCCAGGUCAGCAGCGUCCUGCUCUAUGGCCUCCCAGGUCCUGGACCGAGCCCAGAGGAGGAAGGACCACUUCUGGGGGAAGAGAUAACAGGAAGCACAAUAACCAGACUACUAGACUGAAUCUGGGUUUAUAUAACCAGACUACUAGACUGAAUCUGGGUUUAUAUAACCAGAGUGUCCUGACUACUAGGUAGAAUCUGGGUUUAUAUAACCAGACUACUAGACUGAAUCUGGGUUUAUAUAACCAGAGUGUCCAGACUACUAGACUGAAUCUGGGUUUAUAUAACCAGAGUGUCCAGACUACUAGACUGAAUCUGGGUUUAUAUAACCAGAGUGUCCAGACUACUAGACUGAAUCUGGGUUUAUAUAACCAGAGUGUCCAGACUACUAGACUGAAUCUGGGUGUAUAUAACCAGAGUGUCCAGACUACUAGACUGAAUCUGGGUGUAUAUAACCAGAGUGUCCAGACUACUAGACUGAAUCUGGGUGUAUAUAACCAGAGUGUCCUGACUACUAGGCUGAAUCUGGGUUUAUAUAACCAGACUACUAGACUGAAUCUGGGUUUAUAUAACCAGAGUGUCCAGACUACUAGACUGAAUCUGGGUUUAUAUAACCAGACUACUAGAUGA